AUGUCUACGUUUUCGUACGCACAAGCUGCCAAGGGCGUCUCCGGCACACCGACCCCGUCCAAGACACCAUCAGAAUCCGAGAAGACUGACUCCAAACCGGAGGAGCAGACCAUCGCUGAGACUACAACGGAUGAAGCACCAGCCCCCACUGAGUCUGAGCCCAUCCAAAAAUCCGAGGUAGUCGCAGAGGAGACCAAGGAUGAUGAUUUCACCACUGUUACCAACAAGCAUGCCGCUAAGACAAAGGCCAUCAACUCUCGAACAUCAAGCCCGAGCGUCCGCACAGGCUCAAAGUCGCGCAAGUCAAAGGAGGAAGAUUCAAAUACCUCCAACGGCACCGCAGAUGCCACCGCUGAGAAGCUGGCUCCCAGUGAGGGACAGACCGAGAAGGCCGAAGGUGCCGCAGAGAAGUCCACUGAAAAAUCCGAGGAUUCCGAAAAAACCGCAUCACCACCCAAGGAGCUGAAGGCUGCUCCUCUCCCGUCAGUCAACAUCUGGCAACAGAGACGAGAGGCCCAGGAUGCCAAGGUCAAGGCCGUCCCCAAGGCCGCCUCAACUAGCAAGGCUGCCUCCACUAAGGCCGCCUCGACUGCUGAUGAGACCCAGCAAGACUCCAAGGCUGGUUCUAAGAAGAAGGGCGCCGAUGGUGCACAGGAAGGUGCCAAGGACCGCAAGAAGACCGAUGGAAAAGGACGCGAUGCCGGAUCAGUGCCCCCAGUAGAAGAUGCUACUGCAUGGCCCACUCCCCAAGUUGCGAUCGGUGAAGAGAAGAAGAAGUCCCACGAAAAGACUGAUAAGAGCCCCGUCAUCCGACCACAUGGAAAGGAAAAGUGGACUCCCGUUCCUUACGUCCCUACUGCUGUAUUCAACACCCCGCUCCCAUCUGCCGGUGGCCGUGGAGGUAGACGGGCCACUCGUGGUGGCCGGGACAGUGGCCGUGGAGCUCACGGUAAUGGAGCCGCUGCCACCGACAAGGCUGCCUCUGGACAGGCCGCCCAAGGCGCAAAGCAGACAUCUGGAGAUCGCGGACGCCACGAGUCUGGCACUGGACGUGCCGCUUCUCUUCCCGCGCAAUCGAGACGUUCCACAAGCACCGACGCCGUUGCCGCAGCUGAUGCACGCAAGGCUUCCCAGGCACCUGAGCGCGGCCGUGGAGCUCGCAACGGAGAGGAGAACAAGCAGGUGAAUGGUGGAGAGAACGCCCCCCGCCCUCAACGUGAGGGCAAGUCCUUUGGAAGAAACCAGGAUGCCCGCGCAGGUGACCGCAACCAGAAGGGUGGAAACCUGGCUGUUGACUCGCAGGCUGCUGCCCGCAGCAACGACCGUCGCCUCGAAGCCGGAUCCAAGUCUGCCGACCCCACCGGUUUCAACGAGUUCAACCGCGAACGUGGAGAGUUCCGAUCCGAGCGUGGAGGUCGUGGAUCUAACCGCGGCCGUGGUGGCGGUUACUCCAACUUCGGCGGCCAGAACGCCCAGUUCAAUGCGUCUAUGUCCAACAACUCAUUCGCUGCGCCCAAGUUUGGCUUCAACGACCGUCAGCGGUCACAGCAGCAUGGCCUCCCCAAUGGAUCGCAACAAGGAAACCGUAUGCCCCUCCGAUCGCCCUCUUUGCCCACUCCCGCAAACAUGUACGGUGUUGUUUAUCCUUUCCCAGGUGAUAUCAACACGAUGUAUGGCUACCCAGCUGUCAACUCCGCCCCGAUGAGUGCUGUUCCAUACCAGCAGCAAUACGUUGAGCCGUUCUCGCUCAUGAAUAUGCUCUCUAUGCAAUUGGAGUACUACUUCUCGGUUGACAACAUGUGCAAGGACAUGUUCCUUCGCAAACAGAUGGAUUCUCAAGGAUUUGUGCCUCUGAACGUCCUUGCCAGCUUCAAGCGUGUCAGGUCCCUCACUGAGGACUUUGAGCUCCUUCGUCACGUGGCUCGUCAGCUCCGCAGCGUAGAGUGCCAAACUGGUGAAGAUGGUGUAGACCGCCUGCGCCCCAGAGACAAGUGGCAGCAAUGGGUCCUCCCCGUGGACCAGCGUGAACCUGCCGCCCAGCAUGACGGUGCCGCCCCUGCUAGAAAGACUGAUGAGAACACCCCCGUUCACAGCCACUCCGAGAGUGUUAUCAACGGAUCCGCUCCUCAGUUCGUUCCCAACGGUGUCGCCCAUGAUGCGAAGACUUCACUUUCGUCUACCGCUCCAGAGUUCAUGCCCUCAUUGCUACCCACCGCAGUGAACGAAAUUGCCAAUGUAGGAUACCCCUGGAACCCCCCAACCUCCCCCGAUGAUUCGACAACGUCGUUAUUUUCGUCGUCUUCGUCUUUCCCCAUGGACUAUUCAUUUGUUGACCCUUCUUCCUCAGCGCGUGGACUAGAUUCGCAAGCCGAACCCCCCUCCCCCUCUGAUUUGGAACAGACGGUUGCCCCGACGAGCUUUGACGCAGAUUGCUUUCGAAACCAAAUCGGCGGUGCUGAUUGGUUGAUCAACAAGUCUUUUGCCGAAGCGCGUCAACUGGCGCCCAAGUCAAAUGGGAAAGGCCGUUCGUCCACAGAAACGUCAAUUUAUGUCCCAAAAACUUUCAAUAUGUCUCGCAAAGAAACUUUCGAUGGCCGUGGCCGACCGAUGGCAAGAAGGUAUAGCUUUGGAAUGAUCCAGCCCUACGAAUUCUGGUCAUUCAGCUUGACAAAAAAUUUCGAUUCGCAUUUGUACAAUGAAUUUAGGCGUUCAGCCCUUGAUGAUCUUUUGACUCGACACGUUGACAAUGGGUUCAACGAGCUCAUGGAGUUUUAUCGGAACUGUCUGCUUCACCGUCGCCUCAUCCCUGACCUCGUGAUGUACGACCUGGUCCAUCUUUCACAAGAUCAAACAUUGGACUACCAUACCCUCGUCUCUAAUACGAUCCAUGAAACCAUUGCCAGUGGAAAGAUGAAACUACACAACCGGGGGAAAAUCAGCAAAUAUUUCAAUACCCAAGCCGGCAAGACGGCGGGAGAAAAGUUAUCAUGA